AUGGUGCGUGGUAUCGCAACAUUGACCCAUCGUCGCACGCAAUGCAGGAACUUUGCUGGCGUGCCCGCUGAGAGCCGACUCGAUAGUAUCAACGGUAAGGGCCGGGUCGGUGAAACACCUGGGUCUCGGCGAUGGAGACUCUACAACGACAUGCGCCGCGUAAAUACGAUCUGCCUGACUGUCGGUUUAGACAAGAAAAAACAAAAACGGAACUUUGGUGACUUGAUAGGGAUACAAUAUGCAACGCACUCUCACAGUUACACACAGUUACUCACACAAGAAAGAAUCCCCACUAGUUGCAUCAAGAAGGUUACACAGCCUCAGUCGAAAGAUGGACGGCCUAUCCUUGACUUUGACGGGAGAAUGACGAGCAAAAAACAGAGCGACGAUGAGUCAACUUCAAACCAGGACGUCACCGAGCUGCCAAGGCAGGAGAAGAAUGGAAUCUACCAAAUGAUACAAAGUACCUUGGUCCUUGCCAGCUUACCUCCAAGCUCUGGUACCUGA